AUGCAUUUAAGACCCGUCAUUCCAUGGAUUCUACAAUUCGCCACAGAUCCUCGAUUCGCUUAUCAUGUUGCCGUGUGCUUCGAUCGGAUCACAGCGAAAUGCGCGGGUCCAAUGAUGCAACUGCUUCCUCAGUUAUUCUCACUCAUUUCCGUACUCGAACAGACGACAACGAACGGAAUCAAAGUGGAGGAGGCGAUAUGCUCACUGACGAGAGCAGUCUCCACGAUUAUUUCGAAAUUGCCGGCAGAGGAGGCCGUCGUCGCAAUGCAACAACUCUGUGAACCAAUUAUUAGGAAUUUGAAUCGUUCAACUGACGCCACAGAAGCCACCCAUCCGCCGUCAUCUUCCUCUUCCAACAACAAUAACAAUUCGUCCGCUUCAAAUGGAGCCAAUAAGGAGAAUGAGGGAGGACUGUUCAAGGGGAAAUCGUACGAAUCGUGGGCGUCACUCGCCACUCGACCCAUUCUUUGGAUUGAUCGAUGCGCUUUUGUGUUCAAAGACAUAUGGUCACCAAACGGUCAUCCAUCGUCUCCACAACAACCGUCUCCACUGCUUCCAGUCGCCGAGCAACUCAUCGGAGCACUUCUCAAAUCGUGUCGAAAAUUCGAAGGAACUCCACGUGUCAUUGAACAUUCGAUACGAUCGUGUCGACUCAUUUUCAGAGCUCUCGGACCACAGAGUCGACCGUUGGUUGGACCCGUCGUGGAAAUGAUGAUCGAAACGUAUCCGAAACACCGUCACUCAUCAUAUCUCUAUAUGGCAUCAGUGAUAGUCGAUGAGUACGGACAAUUGGAUGAGAUGAGACCAGGUCUACUUCAUAUGCUUGAUACACUCUCCCGUCACACAUUCCCACUGCUCGAAAACGGUGGAGCCGUCAACAAUCCGGACACCGUCGACGAUUUGUUCCGUUUGGCGCAACGAUUCACGAUGCGUGCGACGACGAUCUUCUUCACUCACUCAAUCUCUCAAAUGCUCUUCAUUCACGCCAUCUCGAAUCUUCGUUUGGAUCAUCCGGAUGCCAGUAAGAGUAUCACCAAAUUCAUUUUGGAGAUAUUGGCACAGUUGGCAGCCGCUAAAAAGACGAACUACUCGGAUGAUGGUGUGACGAGAGCCCAACUGAUCGUCGACAAUCAGGCUCAACACAUCACGUCGACUGCUCUUUGGAUGGCUCUUUUCAGUCAUUCCGGACAAAUUCGAAGAGAUAUGGCCGAUGUGAUCCUUCAAAUUGGGAAACACGAUCAGGAGAAGUUCAAGGAGAGAAUCGCUGUGGCAGUCCACUCGCUUCCCAACGAUCCGAUGAAGGCGACCGCCCAGCAACUGACGGAUUUUGUGAACAAUGUGGCGAGGGAAAGAGAACGUCACGCCGUCUUCAAUCACACCCGGGACCUUGCCAAGCUGUUCAUCUGA